AAAUGGACAAUAACGCGGCCCAGCCCAAAAAUGAAAAAUGCUUACCAUCAUUACCCGAAUUCAGAAACAGAAAUCCACUGGUACUCCGUCGUAUUGAAGUUUUCCGGUGGUGGUGUUGCUACCGGCAGAGUAUUAUUGUAUAUCCGAGGUCUCAGGUCUAAACUCUUGGAUUAGAUGUGGAGUAUCAAAGGUAGACUUUCAACAAGGUUAAUGAAUAUUUGCGUAGCAUCUCUUUGUAAAGCGAAACAAUUGGAGAAAGCUGAAGUUGUAAUAGUUGAUGGCAUAAGAAUUGGAGUACAACCAGAUGUGGUCACUUAUAAUACACUGAUUACCGCAUAUUGUCGCUUUGUUGGCAUUGAUGCAGGUUAUUCCGUCCUUUAUAGGAUGAAAGAGGCUGGAAUUUAUCCUGAUACUAUUACAUAUAACUCUUUAAUAGCUGGAGCUACCAGAUAUUGCAUGAUAUCUCGAUGUUUCGAUCUGUUUGAAGAAAUGCUUGAGAUGAGUAUUCUUCCUGAUAUUUGGAGUUACAAUACAUUAAUGCAUUGCUUCUUUAAAUUGAGAAAGCCAGAUGAAGCAUACAGGGUUUUUCAGGAUAUUCUUUUGAAAAAUAUUUCUGUUCAUCCAGCAACAUUCAAUAUAUUAAUUAAUGGUCUUUGUAUGAAUGGAUAUACAGAGAAUGCCUUAAUGUUAUUUAGGAGUAUAAAACGUCAUGGAUUUAUUCCCCAAUUAGCAACUUACAACAUUCUUAUUCAUGGACUGUGCAAGUCAGGACGGGGUAAAACUGCAAGAGAAUUUCUCAACGAGCUGGUAGAAUCAGGUCAUAUCCCCAAUGCCAUCACUUAUACGACAGUAAUGAAAUGCUGCUUCAAAUGUGAACAAUUUGAAGAAGGCCUUAAGAUCUUUGCAGAGAUGAGAAGGAAAGGAUAUACAUAUGAUGCCUUCGCUUACUGUACAGUUGCAAGUAUGUUACUUAAAACUGGGAAGAUGAAUGAGGCCAACGAGUACCUGGGCUAUAUAAUUACAAAUGGUUUUGACCUUGAUAUGGUGUCUUUUAAUACCAUUGUUAAUCUAUAUUGUAAGGAAGGUCAGCUGGAUAAUGCUUAUAAAUUGUUACACGAGGCAGAAAAAAAAGGGUUGGAGUCUGACAAGUACACCCACACUAUCUUUAUUGAUGGCUUGUGCAGGACUGGUAAUUUCAAGGAGGCCCAGCAACAUUUGGACUAUAUGAGUAUGAUGGGUUUUGAUUCUAACUUGGUUGCUUUGAAUUCUUUUAUUAACGGGUUGUGUAAAGCUGGUCACCUUGAUCAUGCUCUACGGAUGUUUGAAUCAAUGGAUGCCAAAGAUUCUAUUACUUACUCCACUAUGGUGCAUAGUCUUUGCAAUGCCAGGAGAUUCCGUGCAGCAUCUAAGCUAUUACUAUCGUGUAUAAGAGGCGGCAUGAGAAUUCUUAAAUCAGAUAAACGUGGUGUUAUUGAUGGCCUUCGUGGUUCUGGAUAUUCGCAAGAAGCAAAGAAGAUCCAGUCUAAAAUUCGAUUGGCUAAGAUACUGCAAAAUUAAUUAGGGAUGAUGUUCAACUUUGCCACCCAAGUGUUAAUCUUGUUUAAUUGCCUAAGGUUUUGCAUUGUAAGUCUUUAUGGAAGCUUUAAAACCUCAGGGAUCAUGCAACUGAGUAUACAACCUACAUUACCCAAUUUUAAGUCAAGUUCUUAAUCCUCUUGUAAGAGGCAAACACAUGACACUGCUGUGAAGAGGUUGUGAAUUCUAUACCUUUCCUCGUCCAAAAGAUAGUGAUGACAUGCUGUUGAAACUGUGAAAAGUUAUUACAACAAUAACAACAACAUAUACCUAAUGGGGUCCGGGCAGGGUAGAGUGUAUGCAAACCUUACCCCUACCUCAUGGAGGUAGAGAGGAGGUUUCCGGAAGACCCUCGGAUCAAGACUUAUUAUGCGGAAGUAAAUGCAUUCUUUAUUACAGAUGCGAAACAAUUAGGUGGGCCAAAACUACUUUAAUGCGGUUGCGCUAUGGGUUACUACUUGAACAGAAGUUUGCCUAUUGAAGCUUGAAGUUGGGACUGAGCAAUUCAAAGAUUUGGGACAAGUAAGAUAGCUUCCAAAGCUUCUUCUAUCAAUUGCCAUGAACUUAGUAUGAAUGACAGUAUUUGAGAUUGAAAAGAUUCAAUAACACCAGGAAAGCCCAAGGCUUUAAGAAAAAGUAGUGGGUUGGAUCCACUUCAGUCACAUUCCGUAGCAGCUUGCUGGCGUCCUUUCAGAAUGAUCGUUAGAAUGAGUCAUUCUAAGGCCAUUUUUAUAUCUAAAUGGAAGGGAUUAUUGGUAUUAAUCAUAGAGAAAUUCAUCCGAGGAUGACUUAACUGAGAUGACUCAUCCUAUCAGGCACAAAUCAAACAUGCACUUUGAGGUGGCAAUUUGUGACCUGGGAACUUUGUGCUCUCUUUUAGUUCUAAUAGACUCCUCUGAAUCCAAGUGAAACCUAAGAGCUGUCAAUGAAGCAGAUUAAACAAAUGAAGAGAGAUGCUAGACUCCAGCCAGACCAAGAGGAAAAAUUAUGCAAUUCAUAUAUAUGAAUUGUUGCGGAAGGUGCAUCAAGUUGGCUGUGUUGAAAAUGACUGGAAGAUUUCUGCCCAUAAUAUAUCGAUGUGAAUGACCACAUCAUGAGAUUUGACUUUUGUCAUACCAAAAACAGCUGUGAAACAUUUCAUUUGGUAUGGCAAAAUGAGUAUAAUUGACUAACAGUAUUGUUCUAUGUAUUACAACAUGAACAGAGAAAUUUGAGAGUGUAUUUUUGUUAUGGCAAAUUAAGUCGGAAGAACCAUGGGAGAGUAAAGGCAACGACGAAGCAAGCAAGCAGGAAAUUACAGCAGGAUUGUUGACAUCUCCAUCUACAAUCAUCGCGUGUUGCAGCCGAGGAACUGGUUAUAUAUGAACUUCUUCUGGCUUCUACUGCCCUUUGGUUCCAUUCUAUCACCAUUAUUCUGUUCUGCCUUUCUGCUAAUGUUCUUGUUUCCACAUUUUUUGCUGUCUUCCCACAUAUUUCACAUGAUCUGUAAAAUCACAAGAUAACACUGUUACAUUCCUCACUAUUCAAUAUGAAUUCACUCAGUUUUAAAGGUCGGUUUUAUGAA